AUGGUCGUGGUGGCCUCAGCCUUUGGUGGUGACGUCAAACUGGGGGAAGAGAAGUCAACCCACCUCCACUUCUAUAUGCAUGACAUCCUUAGCGACCCCAAUCCCACUGCCAUCCGGGUUGUGAAAGGGCCGCCGAAAUUGCCACGGUUACCAAACUUCAACUUUGGAGAUAUUUCUGGUCACCAAACUUCAACUUAUAUUUUUGUGAUGGACAACCCACUGACUGAGGGGCCAAACCCGACCUCGAAGCUCGUCGGAUGGGCCCAAGGCUUGUAUGUGUUUGCAUCCCAGGGUUCAGACAGAGCUUCGCUAUUGACAACCAACCUUGUGUUCAAAGAGGGGAAGUACAUUGGAAGCACGCUUUCCAUACUAUCGAGGGAUGCUGCCUUUGCACUGGUGAGGGAGUUGCCGGUGGUCGGAGGGACCGGUAUGUUCCGUCUGGCUCGAGGCUAUGCUCUCUUGAAUACCUACUCAUUCAACACCACCUUGGGUGAUGCUGAUUUGGAGUUGGAUGUUUAUGUCGUGCACUAUUGA